AAGAUAGAAUCCAUUCGUUUCAGAUCUGUUGCUUUUUCUGAACCUUUGGAUCGUAAAUCAGCUUUUAUUGCCCGUAAACUUCAUAAUGACCGUCACGUCUUGAAUGCCUACAUCGUGUUCAGUCAACCACAAGAAGCACAAGCAGCCUGUAAGUUAAAUGGGGUUGUAUUCAUGGACAAGCAUUUACGUGUUGAUCUGGCCAUCAAUGACAAACAACAUGACCGUAAACGCUCUGUCUUUUUGGGUAAUUUGCCGUUUGAUACAGAAGAUGAAGAACUUUGGGAGUUUUUUAAGGAUUGUGGUGAGAUUGAUUAUGUCCGCACAGUGCGAGAUGCAAAGACAAAUGUGGGUAAAGGGUUUGGUUAUGUUCAGUUUAAAGAACGCGAAUCGGUUGAGGCUGCUUUGGCCAUGACAGACAAGAAACUUCGUAACAAGACCAAGAUUCGCAUUCAACGUUGUAAG